AACGACUAGAAAAAACCCAAUCUUUACUUGUCACCCUCACCCCUUCUCUUAUACAAGACUUUCCCAUUAAGCAAAAUCACAACUUCCAUUUUUUUCUUCAAUUGACUUAUAUACACAUCACAGUAGUUCCACCGUUUAACAAUGGCAGCACCGUCGUCAAUGACGGCGAAAACAGCCAACGUCAUGCUAACAAUCCCGGAGAAGAAAACUGUAUCUCUAGAUCUCUACCGUCCACUCAGAAACUACAUAGUCUACAAUUACUCUGAACGCGAAGCUCAAAAUCUCGAAGAUGAUCUUCAAACGCUUAAGCAAUUCCGUUCCGAUAUCGAACGUGGCCCUAAUGAGUCAUCUCUUCCUGCUCGCCGUGAUCUUUUGCAGAAUUACUAUAAAGCCCUUUGUGCUGUUGAGUCUCGUUUCCCUAUUUCACCUGAUCAUGACCAUAUUAAUUCUGUUACAUUUACUUGGUAUGAUGCUUUCAAGAACAAGCUCAAAGCUGCUCAGCAGAACAUCUAUUUAGAAAAAGCUGCAGUUUUGUUCAAUCUGGGGGCAGUUCACAGUCAGAUGGGAUUGGGUUUUGAUCGUUCAUCAGUUGAGGGGAGAAGACAAGGAUCACAUUCUUUUAUUGCUGCUGCUGGGGCAUUUGCCUUUUUGAGAGACAAUGUGGCAAUGAAAGCAUCAAUGGGUAGCUCCAACACUGUUGAUGUCUCUGUCGAAUGUGCUGGGAUGCUGGAAAGACUCAUGUUGGCUCAGGCUCAGGAGUGUGUUUUUGAGAAUAGCAUUGCCAAGGGAAAUACUCCUGGUGUCUGUGCAAAGAUUUCAAGACAGGUUGGAUUGUUUUAUGAGGAAGCUUUGGCAGCAUUAAAUGUUGCACCUCUGAACCAGCACUUUGACAAGGCUUGGCUAGCUCAUGUUCAGCUUAAGGCAUCACUGUUUUAUGCUGAGGCCUGCUACAGGUACAGUCUAGAGCUCCAUGACAAAGAAGAAAUAGCAGAGGAAAUUGCAAGGUUGAAGAGUGGUGUUAAUGCCUUGUCUGGGGCAAGAAAAACAUCUCCAAGGGGUGCACCGCAGCAGCUCUUGGAUGCAAUUACUAAGCUAGAAGCUAGUUCAAAUCUAAACUUGGAGAAGGCUAUUAAGGAAAACGACAGAGUCUACCUCAUGAGGGUUCCACCAGCCAGUUCACUGCCACCACUUGCAGCAUUUUCCUUGGUCAAGCCUAUGCAGAUGAAUGAUAUUCUGGAUGCAAGCAAAGAGAAGAUGUUUUCCAGUCUUGUCCCAGACAACAGUACAAAAGCUCUUUCUAGGUACACUGAGAUGGUUGAUGAUGUCAUCAGGACUCAAACCGAGAAGUUACAACAGGGGAGUGAGCUAGCUCGAGUGAGGCUCAGAGAAAUGGACUUGCCUGAUUCUAUUCUGGCCUUGGAGGGAAAUUUAUCACUACCUGCGGCUCUAAAAGAAGAUGUAGAGGCAGUGCAAAUUUGUGGUGGUCCAGCUGGUUUGGAUGCCGAGAUGCAGCAACUCAGAGAUCUGAAGAGGGUGAACCAGGAGUUGCUGGUCCAAACAGAGGAGCUUUUGCAAAAAGAAGCAACGGAAGAUACACAGUUUAGAACUCAAUUCGGAACCCGAUGGACAAGGCCUCAAUCUACUACCUUAACAAAAAACCUGCAGGAUAGGUUAAACAGGUUUGCAGCAAACCUGAAGCAAGCUGCAGAAAGUGAUGCUAGGAUUGAGCGAUCAGUUAGGGAUCAUGCAGCACUCAUGUCAAUCCUUGACUGUCGUCCAAUCGAAUCUGCUCUUCCAACCUUGGCAAGACCAAUCUUGUCUUUGGACGCCACUGAAGAUGCCAUUGUGGGAGCCCUGAAGCAGAGCCUGAGGCAACUGGAAACUCUUGGUGCUCAGCGUGCCGGUCUGGAAGAUGUGCUGAAAGAGAUGAAGAGGAAGGAUGAUAUACUUCCAAAAUUGAUGACAUUCACGGGCUCCCAGGAGGAUCUUUUCAGGAAGGAGAUAGCAAAAUAUGAUCAUCUUUGUGAAGAAAUUUCUCAAAACCUCGAGGCACAAGAACAGUUGCUUCUGCAAAUUCAGGCUCAAAAUGAUGAGUUUGCUUCUAUUUUCAAUCUUGAAGACUAUAAAGUUUCCCGCGAGAGAAUCUAUAAGCAGAUUGAAGCUGCCAUUAUGAAAUAUCAAGAAAUCAAGGAAAAUAUCAAUGAGGGAUUGAAGUUUUAUGUAACCCUUCAGGAGGCUAUCACUAAUGUGAAACAGCAAUGUAGUGAUUUUGUGAUGACAAGAAACAUGCAGUGCCGAGAAAUGAUUGAAGAUGUACAGAGGCAGAUCUCAGGUCUCAGUUUCCAGGAUAAUAAGAGUUCAAGUGGGUAUACUUAUCCUUCAGUCGGGCAUGCUCAUCAGCCUCCAAGAUCCAAUCCCCAGAUGCCAACCGAAACUGGACAUAUACCCAGUCCUUCUCGACCACACCAGGCUCCUACAUACCAGCCUCCUCCUCAGCAACCUACAAUGUCGGGAUAUAGUCAAACUUCUCCUCCUUAUAGUUCUCCACAACCGCCUGCACCCCCUGCUCAGCAACCAACAAUGUCUGGAUAUACUCAAACCUCUCCUCCUUAUAGUUCUCCACAACCGCCUUACGGUUUUCCAGGUCAAGGUCAAGGUCAACCAUAUUCGCAUCCACAGCCGCAUCCUCAAUACCAACAACAACCUCCACCUAGCCACGAGUACGGCCAACCUGCAUAUCCUGGUUGGAGGGGUCCAUACUAUAAUGCACCUCCACAGCAACCCGGAGCUAUGCCUCAGCCUCCUUACACAGCCCCUUCUCCAUAUCCUCAUCCUCCUCCCCAUCAGAGUGGCUAUUACAGGCAAUGAUAAUAAUUUUCUCAGUGUGCUCUCAUGUUCAUCUUUUUGUUGUUCUCAAGUCGACGGGACCGGACGUAACGAGACUUCUUUGUUGUACAAGGUCUUAGCAUACAUUGUUAUACAUUUGUAAGUAAGUUUGAAUGAAGCACCUAUGUACAGGGUAUCUCCUUGUAAAAUUGAUGAUCAAAACUACAAGAUCAAUAAUUUUGGAACUCUAUGAGAUCUGAUAUCUCGUGAAUGUAAGAAGAAAAUAUGAACUUAUUCUUUUUGGGUCUA